AUGUUCUUCAAACGUCGGUCCCGAGCCAAUUCUUACGUCGACAACAGUGAGAACCCGCGCUCGCAGUCAUUCGACGAUUACACAGAUAAGCGCCCCGAGUCGAGCCGUAAGGAGUCCCACCACAGCCAGCCCUUUUCCCCUACCGAGGAGCCGGACAUGUAUCCCCGCCAGCAGCAACCCCAAGAGCCGACGUACGCGCAGAGUGCUCCCCCAACCCACAACAACAUGCCCAUCCGCUCCCAGCAGGUGCCCCCGACCGGCAGCAGCGCCCCGAUGGGGCUCGGCAUGCCCGACCUCAUUACCGCUGCCUUCAACCAGGCCGUCCAGCCCUACACGGAGAAGAUCGAGCAGCUCGAGAGCCAGCUCGCCGACAUGCAGAACUGGGUCGACCAGCUCGAGCAGCAGCGCGCCGAGGUGCACAACUGGAUCGACAAGCGCGGACUGCGACCAGAUGUUCCUGCCUCAAUUGCUAAGAUCAUGGACACGACCACCGCCGACGCUGCGCCCACACUCAACGCCCAGCUCGACCGCAAGAUCACCAUCGUCAACUUCGACCUGCACCGCCUGCAGGACGACCUCAACGACUCCAUCUCCUCGUCACACUUUGCCUCGGCCAUGCUGAAGUUCCUGCCCGACAUCCAGCGCCUGACCCUCCUCCCGUCCGGCCCGCGCUACGCCUUCGACCUCAUCCUGAAGCUCGGCGGCAACCUCAACUCCCACGGCGGCAUCGACAGUGCUGACGCCGGCGACAUAGCAGCCCGCCGCGACUUCUACAACAGACUCGACGAGACCAUGGUCGAUGUCGUGCAGCGCCGCUUCGGCGAGGGCGAGGGCUGGGACGUCAAGCGCGAGAUCAAGCGCAUCGAGAAGACGGCCAGCUACCUCAAGACCUACGGCGUCGAGCCAUACUUCCCCUCAACGCUUGAGAUGAUGAAGCGCGAGAUGGAGUUCCAACCGCACCCCAACGGCGGUGUUCCCAAUGGCGGAACAGGAACCCCACCGCGGUACCAUUAG